AUGCUGUCUCUCACCCAAGACAUGGAUGGCGAUCAUCAUGUUCACUCCCUACACUAUUCUCCUUGCUCUUCUUCCUCUUCCCUAGGUUGGGAUCUCCACAACCUUGGAGUUUUCAACGCAGACAUUUCAUUAAGUAUAGUCAUGGAGAGCACUCCGCCAUACUUUUCAACAAUGGCAUAUGAUUCUUCCAACUCCGAUGACCGUUCCACGGGAUAUCUCCAAGAUGCACUCGUUGAGUACGGAGGUCGGUCCAAGCGAAGGCGAUCACUGCUUUACGGUGAAGAUCUUGCUUUCAAGAGCUACUGGAAUUCAAACUGCAGUUGGGGCUGGGGCCCGCUUGAGAACUUGAACUGUACCAGCCACAUCAGUAGCAGCAAUAGUGGAUUAUCAGACUCGAGGAGCCAAACCAGCUAUGUCGAGGAGGGAAACGUAUUCCCAGAGAUUCAGACCCCGAAAGAAGCAACAACAAUAUUGCCGGGCCUUGAUGAGAUCCUGGACUGCUCCUCGCCUUCGUUCAAGGACUCAUCCAAGAAGAGUUGCAACAAAACCAAUUCUGAUAAAGUUUCCAUCCACUCCCUAGACACGGUCCCUUAUUCAUCUGAAUUUAGUGGAGAUAGGAUGAGAAAGAAGAGAGUCAUAAAGAGACUGGUGUAUCCAUUUGCCCUGGUGAAGCCGGGCGGGACUGAAGGGGACGUAACUUUAAACGACAUCAAUGAGAGGAUCCUGAUGCCGCCUACAAGGCCGGUCCGCCACCCCGUUGGGGAUUUCGCAUGCCGGCCGACUUGCGUGUCCCCUCAUGGCCCUGGCCUCUCCGGCAAGGCUGUGGUGGCCCUCACAAGAAUCCAUACACAGGGAAGAGGCACCAUCACUAUUAUAAGAACCAAAGGUUGAUCAUACAAUUUAAGGGCACGGGCGGUUUGCUAUAUAUAUAUAUAUAUAAGGUGUAUAGGGAGAAAGGAAGCUGGCUACUGUUUUCUCUUUGCAAUUUCAUACUUGUGCAUGUUAUUUUUGGCAUGAGUAAUAUAUAUCGUCUUGGCAGUUGCUUUAUAUAGUAAAUCAUGAAUUCAAAGUUUCAAAUUCGAAUUUCCGCA